UUAAGCCACAUUGUUAGAUUCUGCUGGGAUUUCAUGUUUAAAAACAUUUUUAUAUGUUCAGGUUAGUUAUGUUUUUUAUUAUACAAACAACUGAAAAGCCUCUCAAAAGGCCCCACUGUUAGCAAGUGCAGAAUUAGAAAUUUUAUGAGUAUGUUCAGCUGUUUAUCGAACAAAUACCCCUUAUCCAAACGGAAGGUUAUUAAUAAUUUACAUCAAAACCCGAAAUCGAGUUCCAACAAUAACAGCCAAAGGUGGGCGUCACCCAUCGAUACAUACGACGGGAGAUAUGCUGGCAAAAAUGCCGUCAACGGGAUCGCUGGCGUUGAGUAGUCAUCGUACGCACUAUACAGCUUGUGCAUCAUGUAUCGGCAAGCGGUGCAAUUAAAAUCAAUCACUGAAUCUUCCGAUUUGGAAUCUGAGAAUUUCUGUCAAGUACUACUCAAUUUAUACACCAUUUGCCAGCUUGUUAACUCAUGGCUGUCUGAGUUGUUUCGUCCAAGGAAAUGAAGAACAAUUCGUCGGACAUUUAUUCUUUACCCAGUAUAACUUUAACAAGUACCGCCAUUCCGGAACAUUUGGAUGAGGAAAUUACUAUCGCUUCCUAUCCGGUGCUUCAAAUAAUACUGGGCACUAUAUAUUUUAUUAUAAUAUUUCUAGCAUUGUUCGGCAAUGCCACUGUGAUUACGGCGGUAACCAUUAUUCAGGAGAGAAAAAGUCCGACGCACUGGUUAUUAGUGUCACUAGCAUGUGCGGAUUUAACUGUCACGGUCUUAGUGAUGCCCUUUGCCCUAACAUAUGACGUUCUUGGUAAUUGGCAAUAUGGGAGUACAUUCUGCCGAUUCUGGAUGAGCUGGGAUGUAAUGUGCUGCACUGCCAGCCUGCAGCAUUUAUGCGCCAUCGCCUGGGAUCGUUAUGUGGCCGUUACCGAUCCAUUCGACUAUCCGCACCGUAUCAAUCUCCGCAAGGUCAUCAUCAUUAUCCUACUGAUUUGGCUUAACAGUGCUCUUCUCUCGUUUUUUCCCAUCUUCACCGGUUUGUCAUCGAAAGCAACGGAUAAUGCGGAGUUUUCGGCUGACAGUCUGCAGUGUUUUCUCAGCACUAAUCCCGUUUACGCCGUGAUAUCCGCGACGAUAUCACUAUAUCUUCCGUUUGGCAUUAUGUUAUUUUGUUACAUCCGUAUAUUCAGUAUUGUCUGGGAGAAGAUUAAGGUGACGGGUGAACAUAGCCGGCGACCGGCAUCGCAUAUUGAACUGAGUGACGGCGAUGAUGCGGUAUCACUUCGGACAUCCGCUGCAUCGGGCCCUUCGCUAAAGGAUCUGAAGGCGACAAAAACAUUGGGAAUACUGUUUGGUGUACUAUUCUUCUGCUGGUUGCCGUUUUUCAUCUGCUACUGGAUUAAUGCUUUUACCACAACAUUGCUCAUACCCCAGCCUAUACAUUCGAUGAUUACAUGGUUGGGAUAUUUUAAUUCUACCAUGAAUCCUAUAAUCUACUCGUGGAACCCUGUUUUUCGUGCGGAUUAUAAGCAGCUAUUCCUUUACAUCUUAAGCUUAUGUAAGGAACGAAAUGAAGCGGAAGAAAUGUUAAGAUUACAUGAUUUAGAUAGUAAUGGAAGAGCGCACUUGAUGUCGGCAUGCUCCACUGACGGCCAAACGCAAGUCUUGACCCAGGAAGAUAUCGAUGAGCUAGAGAAAAUCUUCUGGCCUGUCAAGAAGCCGCUACUGGAUCGCACUACCACGGCACCAGUACGCAACCAUGGUAGUAUUGAAUCAGUGUAGAGUUCUCUAUCAAAUUUCAUAAAGAAGUCUGUUUGCUGGAAUAUGACUCUUAUAUGAGUACAUACACUUCUAUGGAGAAAUAAAACUGUCUUCGGAUAUUGCGGAAAACUGAAAGCAAAAAGCGGCAGUUAAUUAUGCACUCGUAAAACACUAACAAUAAACUGGACACCUUAACAACUGAUUUAUUUUGUGUAAUGCGAUGUGAUGUCGAGGAAGAUGCGAAAUAAUUGGUUCAUAAACAAAGGGAUUUUUUAAUAAAGUUGACUGGCAAUGAGGUUGCUAA